UAACAAAGAUACUAUCAGAGAACAGAAGAUGGUAGUGAUGGACGUAUGAGGGACAGCGUAACCUCCGUAUCUACGAUUGUUCUUGGAGUUCGAAGCUUGUUUGGGGGUCGCCGUCCUCUGGCGAACCUCCCAACACUGAUCUCACACUCUGAUUCCAUCUACAACUCAAGAAACGAGAAAUCUUCUCCUCAUUUCUACUGUACAUCGCAGAUUUGGGGUUUUGCAGAUCUAUCUUAAUCAUCGCGAUUAAACCUAAAUCAAAGCAUCAUUUGUGAUUCGCCCCAUCCAGGCGGUCCGUUUGAUUCCGGCUUUAAGGUUUGACGUGUUGGUUUCAAGCAUCAGUCCACUGUUCAUCUUCGACCUGUACACUGAGCGCAGAAUUGUAUCAACUCUGGGUUUCUUUCUCAGCCGAAGAUUUAUCUGAUUUCACUGGCCCUACUGGGAGUCAUACUACUGAAACUAAGCUAAGUUACUGAUUUUACCUCAUUUACCUAAAAGUUUCAAUUUCCCCUAGUUUGUAGACUUGGUUCUAAUCUGAACGCUGGGCAAACUUUCUGCUCUCUGAACUGGUUUUGAAGAUUCUUUUCCUAUACCUGAUAAUUGACAACUGCUUUUUACUCCCGUGUAUAUUCAAAACUGUCUGUGCAAGCUAACUGUUUUUAAUAUAGAGUUUCUGGCAUUUGUCCUACAUCUUUGCUGGAUAAGUUUUCUGCAUAAAUUUAUUGUCUUCUGCAUCAAAUCCAAUUUUCCAGGGUUGGGUGGUAGAUCUUUUGGGUCUGUGUAUUAUUGCAGGUCCUUGUUUGUACGUGCUUUGUGUUACUGACCUUUCAGGUAACUUCAAGUGUACAAGUUGGAUAUGUAAUACAGUCCAAUGACAAGGAACAACAAGAAGUACCGUACUCCUCCCCUAAAGGAUAAUUCAUUUGAUGCAAAAAUUAAACUGCUUAAUGCCAAGAUGAAGGAGCUUGAGGAGAAAAAGAAGGAUGGGGAGCAGGCUGCCAUCCCUUAUGCUCCCAACAUCGCUCCAAGACUUACAAUUAAUCCUCAACAGCCUACUGUCAAGGCUUCAAAGGUGAAUAUCUGCGACAAGCCUGCUGUCUCUUCAAUUGGAGUUCCCCCCAGUGAUCUUGCUUUGCAAAAUAAAGAUGGUCUAGUUGAGGAUGAGUCUGAGACAAUUGGCUCGGUUGACACCUAUUCCGAGGCCAGCCUUGAGGAUACAAGCAAAGAAGAAAAGAUUGAAAGCAAAGGAUGGGUUAGCUUAUUCCAAAAUAACAGAUCCCUAUCCCAUGGAAUGCAGUUGGAAUUCAUCCCACCUAAAGGAGAUAUUGUUGACUUCUCAAACCGUAAGGUGCCUUCCAUUAUUGAUAUAUGGGGGUACUGUUUGGUUGGGAUUUUCACCGGGAGAUUUCCGGGUAUCAAGGCGGUGCUUGAAUUAAUUAGAAAAUGGGGUGUUGAGUGCAAGAUUAAACCACAUGACAAAGGGUGGACUAUCUUUCAAUUUAAAAGUGAGGAAGACCGUACAAAGGUUAUCUCCGAAGGGCCCUAUUCAGCAUAUGGCAAAGCACUAUUCCUGAAAGUCCUCUCCGAAGAUUUUGAAGUAGAUGGAGAAGAAUUUCUCAAAGUUCCCAUUUGGGUAAAAUUACCCGGGCUCUCGGUCACGCUAUGGAAUAAACCGGAAAUUAGCGAACUUGCUUCACAUAUUGGGGUGCCAAUUGUUGCGGAUGAAGUCACCCUUAACAAAACAAGGCCUAAUUUCGCUAGGGUCCUUGUGGAGGUAGACCUAACCAAACCCCCAAUGCUUGAAAUCCCCAUGAUCCAACCUUCCGGGAAGAAGAGGAAACAGUUUGUGGUGUAUGAGUUCUAUCCGAACUUUUGUUAUGAAUGCAAAAAAUACGGCCAUAACCCUUUCCUUUGCAAAGUACUUCAUCCGGAACUUAUUGAAAAAGAAAAAGAGAAAGAAGUGGUGAGAGCUACCAAUACCAUCCCAAAGGUCCAAGACCGAUCCAAGGAAAUCACAAAUGAGGAACCCGAGGAGGUCUCUUUCCAGCUUGUAAUGCCAAAGAAGAACAAGAACCAAGCCUCUUCUUCAACAACAAAAAAGAAACAGGCUGCUACUAAACCGGUGGAGCCCAAAAAUCUGGCCAGGGAGUUCUUAUGGAGAGGAAGGAAAAUAUCAAAUGUUCACCAAAUGCACCCGGAUGAUAUUGUGGUUGAAUUUGUAACCAACGAUGAUGGUGUACAGUUUGCCUUUGUCAAAAAACAACACCAAAUCAAAGGGCACAUUCCUGUGGAAAGGCUUGAUGUACAAACGCUUAAGAUGGCACAAAAGGAUGAACCGGCUAUCAUGUUCACGGACCCAUGCUUGGUGACUCUCCCGGGUGUAAAGCGUACAAAAAAAGGGUAUCACUUUAAUAAAGAAGUUUUUAUUCCUAAUGUAGCUACUUUUUUUGAUGUUAAAGCUAGUCAAAAUGUGGAGUUUGCACAAGCGAGGGCUAAAGAACAUGCUGCCGAAACAAAAGCACGGGUGGACAGGCAAGCCAAAGCCAAGGCUAAGGCUAAACAGCUUGACCCAGUACAGGGCAGGCGUAAACCGAAUAAAGAUUGGGGGGAACGGCUAGUCAAUAACGUGUAUGAAUUAGAUACUGAGGAUGUUAUUACUAGCAUGGAAUUUGAUGAGGAUGGACAGCGGACUGUUUAUGCGGGGAAGAGGGAACUCCUCCCGUUUAGUCUCGAGAUAUUCCGGGUGGGCCCAGAUUUCAAGAAAACGGAACAAGAUUGCCCUGGCAUGACCUUCACAAAUGACUGCCUGCGAUCACUCCCAGGGGUCACGCGCACGUCAUCAUGGUACGCAUUUGAUGCUUCAAUUUUUAUUCCUAAAGUGGUUGCUUUCUUUGAUGAUAACAGUGUAGAGAACAUGGAAAUUCGCAAGAGGAUGGCGGUAGGGAAAGAAAAAGCUAAGGAAAUGGGGAAUGAUUCGGAGGAUGCACACUCCUCCAACUCUGAUUAUGCUGAUGAUUAAUUCUGUCAUAUGGAAUGUUAGAGGUUUGAAAAAACCCUCUAAACACCCUAUUAUGUCAAAUUUUAUUAAAUCAAAUCAUGUGAGUUUGUGUGGUUUUUUAGAAACAAAAAUGACAAAAAAUAAUAUUUCUAACUAUAUGGCUAAUAAAUGGCCGGGGUGGUUUUUUGAAACUAAUCAUGAUUUUAUUGAUGGGGGUCGUAUACUAGUUUUUUGGAACCCCAAUUUAAUUACGUGUACACUUAUUGAAAUGGGAGAACAACACAUGCAUUUCAAAUGCCAAUGUCGUACGUCACAAACUGUAUUCUAUGCUACAGUUGUUUAUUCCCUAUAUACUGUUUUGAGACGUAGGACUUUGUGGGAGCACCUAGCGUUACUCGGGGACUCAAUUGGGGACCCCUGGUUUAUAGCAGGUGACUUCAACUGUGUUUGUUCUCCAAAUGAAAGGCUGGGUUCGGCUACACCCUCGGAUUAUGUUUUAAAAGAUUUAUUAGAUUUUAAAAUUAGGGCCAGUCUCCAAGACGCUCCCUCCACUGGACAGUUCUUCACGUGGAACAAGGGAAAUAUUUGGGCAAAACUGGACCGGGUUUUACUUAAUGAAGCUUGGGCUCAGUUGGGAAUUCAAUGCAAGGCCCAUUUCGCUGAAAUGGAGGUUGAGUUCGACCACACGGCCUCCGUGGUGUCCAUACUCUAUAAUUCCUCUUUUAGGCCUAAAGCAUUUAAAUUUUUUAACAUGUGGUUACAACAUUUGGAUUUCACUAACAUACUUGUACAGAAUUGGAAUGUGGACAUUCAUGGCUCGGCCCAAUUCCAAAUUGCUAGGAAACUUAAGCUGUUAAAACAGCCUCUUAAGAAUCUUAACAACUUGGAAUUUGGGCAUAUAUCUAUGAAGGCUAAACGUGCUAAAGAUGAUUUCAAAAGGUUAAAUAACCUCAUGAUUGACUCACCCGACGAUACCGACCUUAAAGAGCAAGUCAAGAUGGCGAGGAAAAGAGCCACAUUCCUGGGUGAGGCCGAAUGUAGCUUCUUCCAACAACGUGCUAAAGCUACACAUAUUCUUCAGGCGGAUAAGGGUACAAGAUACUUCCAUGCAAUCGUCAACAGAAACAAGGCCAGGAAUACCAUUACCUCCAUAAGUUUGGACGACGGUAGUCUAACCUCGUCUAUUGAUCAUGUUGGGAAUGAAUUUGUAAAAUUUUUCAUUGAUCUUUUUGGAACCGAGAUGGAAACCUUUUCCUUUGACCAUUCGGUACUAGGAACCGGCCCUUUGAUUGAACCAAGUGUUCAUGAUAGCCUAUUAUCCCCAAUAACAAACAAAGAAAUUAAAGAUGCUUUGUUUGAUAUUGGAGAUAACAAGGCACCAGGGCCGGAUGGUUAUUCCUCGGCCUUUUUUAAGAAGAAUUGGAAUAUUGUAGGGGGGGAUGUGAUUCGGGCGACUAGAGAGUUUUUUAACUCGGGAAAGAUGCUUAAACAGUUAAAUCAUACUGUGAUAGCUCUCAUUCCUAAAACUAGUCACUCCCCUAAGGUCUCAGACUAUAGACCCAUUUCCUGUACCAAUGUGCUUUACAAGAUUAUCACAAAGAUUAUUGCGGCAAGAAUUAUCCCCACCCUCCCGGGUUUGAUUAAUAAAGCACAAGGUGCUUUUGUGGACGGCCGCCUAAUGUUUGAUAACAUUUUCCUAGCCCAGGAACUUGUUAGAGGAUACAAUAGGAAGCGAAUUUCACCUCGGUGUAUGAUUAAGGUGGAUUUGCGUAAGGCCUAUGACACGAUCUCUUGGGAUUUUCUUGCCAAUGUCCUUAGGGGUUUGGGAUACCCCGGAAUUUUUGUGAGAUGGAUUAUGGAGUGUGUCACUACGGCCUCUUUUUCUGUUUCGUUGAAUGGCUCUCUAUAUGGUUUCUUUAAGGGAAAGAGGGGGAUUAGGCAAGGGGAUCCAAUGUCCCCUUUACUUUUUGUUUUAUGCCUUGAGUAUUUUUCUCGUCUUCUAGCCAUAAAAACUAAGACGCCGGGCUUCAAUUAUCACCCGCUUUGUGGAUCUUUAGGUAUAACCCACUUGGCCUAUGCGGAUGAUCUUAUGCUCUUUUCAAGAGGUGACAAAUACUCCAUUGGAAUAUUAGUUAAUACUCUUAAAGAGUUUGGGGAUGCAUCGGGCCUAAGGGUUAAUCAUAAUAAAUCGAAUGUUUUCAUCGGAGGGGUCAACAGUUUGGAUUUGCAGGGCAUAUUGGAUCUAGUUGAUUUUGAUCAAGGAGUGUUCCCAGUGAGGUACCUUGGUAUCCCAUUCGCACCUCUUAAAAUUUCGGUGACCCAGUAUGCCCCACUCUUGGAUAUGAUCAAUGAUUUUUUAAAUGCCUGGAAUACGAAGACGAUUUCCUAUGCGGGGAAACUUGAGCUAAUACGUUCUGUGAUCCAAGGGGUCCAGUCGUUUUGGCUUCAAGUUUUCCCAAUCCCCCAAACAAUCCUAAAUAGGAUUGUGUCGAUUUGUCGCAUUUUCUUAUGGGGAGGUAAGUUUGCAAAGGUAGCUUGGGACGAUAUUUGCCUCCCUAAAGAUGAAGGGGGCCUGGGCAUCCACAAUGCAAAGAUAUGGAACCAUGCCCUCCUCUCUCGGACCCUUUGGGAUGUCCACCAAAAGAAAGAUACGCUCUGGGUACGUUGGGUAAAUGGAGUCUAUCUCAAAGGCAGAAAUGUGUGGGAGUUUGUCCCACAUGCCCGCGACUCCCAGCUAAUGAAACGUUUAGGUCUCAUUCGAGACAAAAUUCGUGGCUGUUUCAAUAGCUUGAAUGACAUGAUACUCGGCCUGAAUGCCCGUUCCUUGAAUGGAAAAUUAACCUCCGCAAAAAUCUAUGAUUUAUUGAGAGUUAAGGGUAAUGUUAGGACUCCUAUGAGUUUCAUAUGGAAAUCCUACAUUCCCCCCAAAUUAUCUUUUAAUGUAUGGCUGGCUUUAAGAAACCGGCUUCCUACUCAGGAUAGCCUCGGGUAUCUACACAUUGUGAAUAGGUGUGACCUUUGUAAGGGUGGUUUGGAAACAAUACCACACCUUUUUUUCCUAUGCCCCUUUACGUGUAGGGUGUGGCAGCAUAUAAGGAGUUGGAUGGGACUUAAACACGACAUGACAACAUUGCUAAGUGCCAUUAAAUGGAUCAUGAAAACGCACAAAGGAUCCAGGAUGAAGGCAAAAGCAGUCCGACUAGCAUUCUGCGCCGCCGUAUACUAUAUUUGGCAUGCUAGGAAUGCUUGUAGAUUUGAUGGAAGCACGAAGAAGGAAGAGGAGAUCAUCGCGAAGAUAAAGCAUGUGGUAUAUAAGAUAAUUUACUCUAUAUACCCACAUGACUUCAUUAGCUUUUGAGGGGCAGAGGUUUUGCAUAAGGGGCGUGGACUCGCUUUGGAAAUUAUCUCGUUGCAACCUGCAACAUUAGGGCCAUUUUUGGUUUGUUGAUUGAUAUUUGUUGAUCUGUGUGCGUGCUUACUAGCAGCACCAAUACUCUUUUGCUUUUCAGGCCUUUGAUUUUAUUUAGGAAUAGAUCGAAUUAAAACCUCUCCUAUGUAAUGGGGGAGGUUUUAGGAGAUCUUGAAUUUGGUUCUUUUUUGAUGUACAGUCUCUUUUGGGUGCUAAUAUAUAUUUACAUUUCAUCCAAAAAAAAAAAAGAUACUAUCAGAUUUAAUUUGUUAACACGGCCAUAGUAAUCAAAGGUUCAAACUUAAGUAUACUGCGUACUAGGUCUGUUAUGCUUCACCUGUUAGAGAGGGGUUUGCCCUUCUUUAAUAGAUUUUAAAGUUUUUUGCACAAAAAUAAAGUUUAAGGUCAUAGAUGUGAUGACAACUUCAAGGGAUUUUUGCCCCUUUUCCCUAGGUCUUUUAAAUACGUAUAUGUUUUGUAAAAAUUAGUGUAAAAAUGUUAACACGUAACAUCAAUAUAAAAUACUUUUUUAUUAGAUACGGAGUACAUAAACUGAUUUUUAACCAUUUUUUGUCGGGUUCCAAAUUUGGGGCCCUAAAUUUAAACAUAUUGGUGUAGUUCAUUGACUUCAUUCAGGUUUUUCAAGGUGGUUAGAUAUUUUUUAUUUCGGUUUUCCGUUUUUCUGUUCGCAAUGCCCUACUUAGUACUUAAGCAUGGGAGGCAAUUUUGAUGGUAAUAGGCAUUUUUUGGAACGACGGCGCAUGAACCCAGCCGCCGGCAGAGAGAAGGCGAAAGUAUGGAGACGGAAGGUCGAUCGCCCGGCAAAGACUCUGUUUCUUCUAUCGGUAGAGCGUUUCUUUGUGAUAAAGAACAUCGAAAAUGGCAUUGAAUCAAACUGUUCGGUGACGGAGCUGCCAAAUCGCUCUAUGGGUAUGCUGGAAUUGGAGUCCAAGAUUUUCUUGGUGGGCGGUCAAAAGAAAGGCAGUUUCGGUAUGAAUCCUGAUUUCGAUGGUGCCUUUCCCAGAGAAAUCUAUGAGGUGAAACAGCUUUCCGAUUCCGUGUCCAUAGUUCCUUCCACAAUCAUGCCAAAGCUGAACGAGGGGAAGUUCCAUACAAUUGCCCAAAAGUUUGGAAGCAAGAUAUUUGUACUGCACAUGGGCCCUAAUUUCAAGUUGGACAAGUUGACAAGGAGAUACUCAACUAGAGUUUUUGAGUGUUUCGAUUCUGCUUUUCCAGAAAACGGUUGGGUUGUGAAAUCAGGUAUACCCUUUUUUGAUGGUGCCUUGGACGAGGGAGUGUAUAUCGUGCAUGGGUUCUAUCGAAUAGGGGAGAAGCUCUACUUGAACGUGAAUUGGAAAGGAGAGAGGUAUUAUGUUUUUGAUUUCAAGACAGAGGAAUGGUCCAAGGAUGACUGUUUUUAUGUGGGAAAACAUAGGUAUUAUGGCUGUCCAAAGCGUGCUGUCUCAGCUCCUGGUUUAGAUGAUGACACACAUAUCCUCUUUGGAUACCUUAAUGUGUACUUUUUCGAAGUUCGAGCUACGCUUUUCACGCAAGGAAAAGGAUGCUCCUGUUAUCAAAAUGUGGACGGAAUCUUCGACUUGGAAGGAUUGGGAGGAGACGAGAUGGGCUUAGAUGUGGUUGAGAUAGGAAAUGGUGACUACUUUGGCCUGCUGACAGCUAGGGAAUUCAAAACAGGUGACUAUUAUCUUCUUGUAUCAACCUUUUCACUUGAGGUACUCGCUGCUCGAGUGCCACCCAUCCAAUCUCUCGAUAAGCCUAUCAAAAUGACAUUCUUAAGCAUUAACCGCAAGAACCAACUGAAGUUCAACAUCACCGGGGUUGAUUUCUCUUAUUUUGCCGGAGCUGCAUGUCUUUAGGUAUUGUUUGCACCUCAGUUUCUCUUUGAGCAUCUAUUUGUGGUGCCUAUAUAUUGCAGUAUAAUUAGAUUUGAACUCCCUAAAAAUGGAUUUUGUGUUCAUUAAUACUACCUUUUAAAUGAUUGCUGGUUCUGCGAGUCUCUGGAUGGUCCCUUUAUGCUGCCCUGCAAGGUUAUGGCCAUGCUUACUUAAUUAGUUCCUUUUAGCUAUGUGUGACCCGCUAGCAGAAUCUUUUAAGCUUCAAUUAAUUUCUAUUAUCCCUGUGUUUAUGAGACUAAAGAGAUGAUCAAUUUUUUAGUGGAACCCUAUACUACCAUUCUUCACGCUGCCACUGUUAGUUAUCUAUUUAUCUACCCAUCUAUCUUAAUUGACAAUUACCAGUUUCAAUUGUGAUUUAAUCCCGUGUACCAUAUUUCUUAUCACUUUAACCGAACGAUCCUAAAACACAUCUACGGCUCUUAUUAAAAGAUCGUUCAUUCCUUUUUUCUUCGCUCACCACAUGUUGUCGUUCACUCCCCUUCUCACAACAGCUGACCAUCCGAGUUCACUCCAUUCCUAGAUGAAAAUGACCUCAAUAACACUUCUUCGCUCAUCGCAAUCCAUCCGAGUUGAAAAGCUAGAGAAGCAGUUCUUCGAAUUCACUUAUCGGAAUCUAUCCGAGUUGAAAAGGUCGAAAGCAAUUCUUCUUCUAAUUCGCUCAUUAGAGUCUUGAAAACCUCGGAAGCUCUCACAUUCCAGAGCCUGGCCGAAUUUCACUUCAAUCCACAUAUGAUUCUAUAUUACAUUCAUGCUCUUCUCAUAUGCCUUUUCAAAUUUGUGUUUGGGAGAGUACACUGCCUUCUUCCUUUCUCUUCUUGAUUUCAAGCUGAAAAGUUAUGGAAAUGUAGAAUAAGAUGGUUGCUCUUCCUUUAGAUGUCAUCAGUUUUCCUGCAAUUUUCCUCUCUUCAAGGUCAACUAAUCCCUCUUUGCUUCUUUAUUCGAAUUUAAAUUUUUAUAAUUGAUUAUUGAGCUGGAUUUCUAUUCGAUUUCAGAUUGUCUCAAAUACAUGACGAUCUUCUGCUACAAAAUCAACCAAGCAAAAUUGAGGUCUUUUUAGAUUCAUAUUCAAUAUUCAUUCUUUAUUUAAUUAUUCAUCAUCUUUAAAUAAAAUAAUUGAUUCCUUCUUUAUUGCUUGAUUUGAUUAAUUUUGCUUUCGGAUCCUAUCUGUUACAUUGUGAAGAAUGGACAUGUGAAGUUAUAACCAAAGUUUUGUUGUUGUAUGCCUUAUAUUUAUUAGAUGUACAUAUCAAAUAAAGAUGUGAGCCUUUCUUUGCGCAUUCAAUGUUGAUAGAGUGCAAAGGUCUAAAAAUUUAUAGGCGAUUUUCGAGCUACAGCCUCCACAAAGCUGCACUUUUGUAGCAAAAGAUGUUAUGUUAAUCUA